AGGAGCGAAAGGAAAGCGAUGACGGCGGCGGCGUCCGCGCUGCCCCUGUUGAAGCAAUGCCUGAUCAGGCGGAAUGGUCAAGAGGCGCAGUACGGCGUGGCUGCCUCCGGCCUGCGGGAGCUGCGGGGCAAGGCUUGUGACCUCCUGGCGAUUGACAAGGGCUUAGAUCCCAUUACCUUGGUGCUGGCUGAGGACGGCACCAUCGUGGACGACGAGGACUAUUUCUUGUGUCUGCCACCCAACACCAAGUUUGUGGUGUUGGCAAAGGAUGAGAAGUGGGCCAGCAGCAGUAUAGAUGGGGGCACAGCCUGGCUCGAGAGAGAGACCAGCGAGAUCGACGGCGUGGACAGCGAGGGAGAGCGAUGGAGGCACCUGGCCAGACAACUGAAGGCUGACCUUUCCACCAUUAUCUUGAUGUCAGAGGCAGACCUCCAGGUGCUGAUUGAUGUGCCGUGCUCCAAACUGGCUCAGGAACUAGCCGAGAACCAGCCUAAAAUCCAAACUCUGCAGGACACCCUUCAGCAGGUGCUGGACAGGCGGGAGGAGGAACGCCAGUCUCGGCAGCUUCUGGAACUCUACCUGCAGGCGCUGAAAAAGGAGGACCACGUGGUACCAAGGGCGGCAGAUCCGGAAGCGGAGGAAACUGCCGCGGAUGGAAAGGAUACCGUCGAUCAUGGGAGCAGCAGCGGAGGAUCUGCUCUCGCAACCCCACUCAGUAGCCACCUUUUGACGCAACUCAGGGAAAAGCCGGCUCCAGAACUGAGUCUGGCCAGUCAAGACUUGGAGCUGGUUUUCAAAAAUGACCCAGAAUCCCUUGCUCUGGCCCUGAACUGGGACCAGCCGAAGACGGAGGCCUUGCAGCAGGCUUGCCAAGGAGAGCUCUCCCGGCGUCUGGAACAGGUGCAGGCUCUGCACGCCUUGAGAAGCGUAUCAAAGGGCAAACAGAAGUUGCCGUGGGGGGAGUGGCUGAGCUCCAAGCGCAAGAAGUAGGAGGCCCUGGCAGCUGAGACGUGAAGCAGCGAGGAAGCAGAGACUCGUUCCAAGGAGAGUCUGGGUGGCUUUCUGUACUUAGACGCUGCGCCUUUAUAAGCUAACAACGGAGCAUGUCAGGACAGCCCUUAAAUCCAAAGUGUCAUUCGGCGAGUCUGCGGGAUCUUCUGUAGCCAAAAGGCGUUCGUCAUUCCACGGGCUCUGCAGUUUGCCAGUUCUUGAAGCACGGGGGAAAAAUGUUACUCUGCCUUUCUUCCUGCAAAUUAUUUGGCAGGAGCCUAGAAGGACCUGUCCGAACAAUCUCUGGAGAGCAUUAUAUUAAAGCACGUAGAAAAAUGCCGUUUUAAGUCAGACAGAGUAUCUUCCGGGGCUGACGGGAGCCCAGCUAAGCAGACGACAUGUUGAGUUUCUAGACGCCAUUUCUUUCAGCACUUGGCCUAGCAGCCCAGAGUUUUUGAUAUGCAAUCUUACUUCCUCAUCACCCCUCACCUUAGUCUCUCUCCCAUCGCACGAUGUCCCAUCUCCUUUUUUAAAAAGAGAGGCGGUCUUCACCUGCGAAACCGUCCCUCUCCUAAAACACAACGUACCUUGUUAUAGCCUCCCUUCACACUUUCAUAGAUUGGGUGGGGCCUUCCUUCCAAAGCAGCCGUGCAAAGGAGUUCUCCGCUGCCACCUCUACUUCCUUGCUUUGGCUGUUUCUAUGGGAACCGGUCAACAUUUUUAACAGCUCACCCAAUAGGGUUACAUACAAAUUUCACCUGGAUGCAGAAUCAUGGGACGAUCACUGCUCCUGCUCCCUGAGGAAUACUAGGGAUUAGAUUAAGUUUGUUAAAGAUCGAAUUUUUACAUACGUUAUUACUGGCAUUAAAGCUUUUGUACCAUUUGAUUAAUCUGCAUCUGCUGCCUGAUCCUCUCAUCGUCCGAGGUUACAUUUUUCAU